GCCCUCGCCCGGGAGCUGUGAGGCUGCGGGAGCGCUGCCGCAAUAGCCGCCUCAGCAGCCGCGGAGCCGCUCGCCUUACGUCUGCCGUCGCUGAACCGCUCCCGGCCGAGGAGGCUGCAGCCGGAGCCAGGAGCCCUCAGCCCUCGCCUCGAGCUCGCCCUCGCCCUCCGAGGGCGUCCCAGGCCGCGCCAUGGUGAAGGUGACAUUCAACUCGGCUCUGGCCCAGAAGGAGGCCAAGAAGGACGAUCCCAAGUGCGGCGAGGAGGCACUCAUCAUCCCGCCCGACGCUGUCGCGGUAGACUGCAAGGACCCAGAUGAAGUGGUACCAGUUGGCCAGAGAAGAGCCUGGUGUUGGUGCAUGUGCUUUGGACUAGCAUUUAUGCUCGCAGGUGUCAUUCUAGGAGGAGCAUACCUGUACAAAUAUUUUGCACUUCAACCAGAUGACGUGUACUACUGUGGAAUAAAGUAUAUCAAAGAUGAUGUCAUCUUAAACGAGCCUUCUGCAGAUGCCCCAGCUGCUCGCUACCAGACAAUUGAGGAAAACAUUAAGAUCUUUGAGGAAGAUGAGGUUGAAUUCAUCAGUGUGCCUGUCCCAGAAUUUGCAGAUAGUGAUCCUGCCAACAUUGUUCAUGAUUUUAACAAGAAACUCACAGCCUAUUUAGAUCUUAAUCUGGAUAAGUGCUAUGUGAUUCCAUUGAACACUUCCAUUGUUAUGCCACCCAGAAACCUACUGGAGUUACUUAUUAAUAUAAAGGCUGGAACCUAUUUGCCUCAGUCAUACUUGAUUCAUGAACACAUGGUUAUCACUGAUCGCAUUGAAAACAUCGAUCACCUGGGUUUCUUUAUUUACCGACUGUGCCAUGACAAGGAAACCUACAAACUGCAACGCAGAGAAACCAUCAAAGGUAUUCAGAAACGUGAAGUCAGCAAUUGUGUUACAAUUCGGCAUUUUGAGAAUAAAUUUGCUGUGGAAACUGAAAUUUGUUCUUGAACAGUCAAGAGAAACAUUAUUGGAGAAAAAUUUAAUGUUGCAGCAUAACCCCACCCUUUGUAUUUUGUGCAGUGAUUAUUUUUUAAGAUCUUCUUUCAUGUAAGUAGCAAACAGGGCUUCACUAUCUUUUCAUCUCAUUAAUUCAAUUAAAACCAUUACCUUUAAAAAAAUCUUUUCUUCUUUCCAAGUGUGGUGUCUUUUAUCUUGAAUUGGUAGUUGUAUGAAGUCACAGAUAAUAAUACACUUUACCAUAGAUCUUAUGUGUUAGGAAGAAUUUGAAUUUCUUUGAUUUUUAUGUUUGAAUAUGCAUUUUUCAGAGGAGGGGUUAUCUAAAGAAAAAUCAUAUAUAUGCAUACGUAAGAAUGGACCACAGUGACUUAUUUAGUAGUUGUUAGCUGCCCUGCUACUUAGUUUGUUAGAGCAUUUGAGCACACAUUUUAAUUUUCCUCUAAUUAAAAUGUGCAGUAUUUUCAGUGUCAUAUUUAACUACUUAGAGUAUGAUUUCCACCUUGAUGUUUUAAUAUCCUAGACAUCUGCUGUAAUAUUUUAGAAAAUGUUUGGAAUUUAAGAAAUUACUUGUGUUACUAAUUUGUAUAACCCAUAUGUGUGCAAUGGAAUAUAAAUAUCACCAAGUUGUUUGACUAAAA